UCAGCAAGUAGUGUAUUAGUAUCGUUCAUUGCAUUCUUGUAUAUGAAUGGCUCGGUUGUGGUCGGUGAUAAGCAUGCUCAUAAAAUGACAGUACAUUUACCGCAAUUGCUGUAUUUUUUACUAUUUUAUGGAGUAUUCGGUUUGCCAUAUGUUUUGUCUAAGUCAUUUUCAACAUUAAAAAUAAUUUUUAAAAAUAAAAUGUUUUUCCUAUUGCUCGCAAUUAUGUUUGUAUUAAUUGUUAGAUUUAAUACAAUAGCACAUCCAUAUUUGUUGGCUGAUAACCGUCAUUAUACCUUUUAUGUAUGGAACCGUUGGUUUGGCAAAUAUUACUACGCAAGAUAUGCAACCAUACCGGCUUACAUCUUCUUAUUAUUCAACUUAUACGAUAAUUUAAAGGAUCAGAAUUGUAUUUCAUUCCUACUACCGUAUUCUAUGAGUCUUUUUCUAGUGUUAGCGUUACAAGAACUGGUAGAUAUCAGAUAUUUUCUAGUCCCAUAUGUUAUUUUAAGGUUGCGAUUCGUUCGGCCUUCGUUUAAUAUGGUUAUAGGGGAAUUGGUGUGGUACAUAUUGCUGAAUGUAAUCACAUUCCACCUAUUCUUUACAAAAGAUAUAAUUUGGAAGGAUUUUAAUGAUAUACAAAGAAUAAUAUGGUAAUAAUUACGAUAGAUUUAAGCAUUUAUUAUAAGAAUUGUAAUUUGUAAUGUAAGUUUAAUUUUGUGUCAUAUUUUAUGUAUGGAGUUUAGUGGUAAAAAGUAUUUUUUUUUUCUUUUUUAUGACUUUGCAUACUGUUGUUUUAGCUCAAAUAAGUUCCGUCAAUGUUAUUAUAGUAUAUAUCUAAUAACGUGUACCAAUAGGUUUAAUAGUAAUAAGAGAUCAGGUGGCAAAUUUAAAAGGCAUUGGUUCUUAGUAUCGAGAGGCACUAAUGAGUUAUCUUCAGAUUAUAUAAACUUGAUGAUUACCAUUUUAUUGACGCCAAAGGGAUAUAGAAGUAAUUGUAUUGGUUAGUGAUUGUGUUUGUAAACAUGACACAAUAAUAAUUUGUAGUUACAAAAUGUUCGGUGAAAAAUUAAAUGUUAAUGAGCUGUAUUAACAAGCUCAAGUGUUUUUAAUUUAAUUGUCACAUUGAAAAGAAAAAACUUUAAAUAUUGCUUUAGGGGGACCAGCUUUAAUUAACUUUGCAAGACAAUUGGUCAUUGGCCAUAAAUGAACAUUUUUAUAUUGUCAUAUCCUAAUAAUCUAAAAAAUUGCUUGUCACUAAUGAAACAUUCUUGUUUGGUGGUAGAAUAAUUGCAACUCUACUGCCCUAAGAGCACAAAAAGACAGUCAUAUUUGUCAUAAUAUACUUAUGGAAUUAUAUUUAUUGGUGCCAAAAUUCCUAGGGGGAGACAUUAUCUCGUUAAGGCUGUACACCAUUCAACCUUUACCCAAGCUACCAAUGUUUUUCUUUUAAUUAUCUUGUCAAAAUAGAAUUAUGUAUUAUAAUAUAUACUUCUUAUAUAUUAUGUAUGAAUGUCGUAAAUUUUGCAUGAGCUUACAUAACUGCUUUUAUCAAUGACUUGUAGGUAAGCUAAGUUUUUUGUUAUUUUUUUUUUUUCAAUUCUA